AUGUCGACACCAGGAGCUCGUGACAAAAAUCUUGACAAAGUCUUCCUAGACGCUGUCCACGGUCGACGGGAGCUUGGUCCCCGGCAAUACCAUCACUUCCUCGAGGGCAUCUGCAUUCAGCCCGUUCGUUCUAUAUGUAUCGGCAAGCUCGUUGGGUCACCAAAUGCCAUGGAUCUUCUCAACAAGGCCAUGUGUCAUGAUCUCAAGCCCGCUUUCUGCAAUGGUCUGGGCGCGAAGGUUUUGAAGUAUCUCGCCUCGGAUGGACUCUCGGUCAUCGGAGAGGGCCAGAUACUGAAAAGUAUCUUGCUACGUAUCGUUCAGCCGGCGCAUUUCUGGCACGCCCUCGUCCAGGCCUUGCGGGGUGGCGAGUUGGACGACAAGGGCAAAUUUGGUGCCGCAUGGCUCCUCUUCACCUUGAUCGAUAUCCUCCCUCACGACGAUAGUGCCCCUUUCCGAGAGGUGGCACUCGAGGACGGUAUCAUUGAGCUCCUCGAUAAAUCCGCCGACAUUGACGUUCGAAACCUCGCCGCAAAGCUCAAGCAUCGUAAUCAGAUUCACGUUACGGCUCCUGUCAGCUCCGCUGAAACUGGACCCGGGGGACGACAUGAUAACGACUUUGUCGACUUUCGGGAGGUUGCUGUCAUCCCAUCCGCUGAUGAGAUUCGCUCUACGCAACCCGCUUUUAUUCGCCCUAGUACAAUGUUCGACGACGAUGAAAAUUAUGGUCAGAGACAGGCCGUGUAUCUCGACAAUCAGUUCCGCCUUCUCCGUGAAGACAUGCUGUAUGAGAUACGCGACGAAUUACAGGCCCUGGUGACCCGGAAGAAGAACCGGAACUUUGUCCUGGAUGGUCUCACUCUCCACGAUGUUCAUUACCUUCCCACCGAUCCUCAGAAAAAGCGUGGGGUCCGCUGGGGCAUUGUGCUCAAGCGUGGAGCAGACUUCCGUGAGCUCAAGCAGAAGAAUAUUGUUGACACCAAUAAGCGGAAGAAGUGGUUUAUGGACAAUCGAAAUGUCCUGAAACAUCUCUCAGUGGCAUACCUUGCCAAUGACCAAGAGAUCAUUGCCCUUACUACGAUAGAAAGGGAUGAAGAUUUUCUGGUCAGAACCCCUCCCGAGGUGGUACUCCAUAUCGAGGGUGCCGCCAGCACAGUUCAUGCACUCGUCACGCUCAAAUCGCUUUCAAACAUACAACUUAUCCAACUCAACACCGCUAUUUUCGCGUACCAGCCAAUUCUACAAGCGCUACAAGAGACGAAAGAGAUUCCUCUCACAGAGGCAAUCCUGUUUUGGAAGCUCGGUGCUCAGCCAAAGACUCGUCACGUCAUUCCUCAUAAAAUUAUCAACUCAUUACAGAAUGAUCCUACGCAAGAUUUGCGGCCGAUUCUUAAGACGAACAAGCCAAUUCGUCUAGACGCGUCUCAAGGGAAAUCGUUAUUGGAAGGUCUGACGAAAGAAUUAUCGUUAAUCCAAGGUCCCCCUGGUACGGGAAAAUCAUUUAUUGGAGCCCUCAUAGCAAAGGCGCUGCACGACUUUGGGGGACAGCGAAUCCUGCUCGUCUGCUACACAAAUCAUGCUUUGGAUCAGUUCCUCGAAGAUCUGAUGGAUAUCGGCAUCCCGCAUGAUAGCAUGGUUCGUCUAGGGGGGAAAUCGACAACGCGGACAGAGUCACUCUCAUUGAACAAAAUACAGAACAAAGACCGAGCUUUCAAAUUUACUUGGGGUGACCGGGCUGUCAUGCAGGACUUGGAGACGAAGAUUCGUUAUACUAGCAAAGUUUUAAGUGAUGUCUCGACUCGGUACAAGACCAUCAGCAUCAACAGCGAUUCCAUCAUGACACAUCUCGAAUUCUUCGACGAGGAAUAUUACGACGCCUUUCAAAUUCCUGACUUGGACGACGGAGAUGGAUUAACCGUGGUUGACAAGAGAGGGAAAGGUAUUGGCAAGUUUUACCUUUUGAUUCAAUGGAGAAAAGGGUUUGAUGCAGGAUUGUUCAAGGCGCAUAAUCAUGCACUUGAAUUCGAGCAUAUCUGGGCCAUGCCCAAACCUGCUCGUGAUGAGAAGGUCAGGGAAUGGAUGGAGGCGAUCCUCAAAGAUCUUGCUCAAGAUGUCAAUGAUCGCGCUCGAGAGUACAACAAGUACCAAACCGAGCUGGACGCCAAACGUGAAGAAAAAGUUGGUCACAUCUUGCGUUCGAAGCAAAUUGUGGCAUGCACAACCACCGCCGCGGCAAAAUAUCGCGACCACAUCACCUCAGCUAAACUUGACGUAUUGAUGGUUGAAGAGGCUGGAGAGAUUUUGGAAUGUCACAUUGUGACAGCACUCAGCCAGAGCGUCAAGCAGCUCAUCUUGAUUGGGGAUCACAAACAACUGCGUCCCAAGGUCAACAACUACAAGUUGACCGUUGAAAAGGGGGACGGAUUUGAUCUGAACCGGUCAAUGUUCGAGCGGUUAGUUCUCAAAGGAUAUCCGCAUGUGGUUUUGCAAGCCCAGCAUCGAAUGAGACCAGAUAUCUCAAAGCUGGUUAGACACUUGACAUAUCCGGACUUGGUUGAUGCGCCAGGAACACAAGGCCGUGCCGAUAUUCGGGGCCUUCAAAACAAUGUCGUCUUCAUCCAGCAUUCCCAUCCCGAAGACGAUCUCAUCGAGUACAAUCAUUUCGAUAACAAGAACGACGAGACGUCACACAAGUCAAGCAAGCGCAAUCAGCAUGAGGUCGAAAUGGUUCUCAAGAUUGUCCGCUAUCUAGGCCAACAAGGCUAUCGCACCGACGAAAUUGUCAUUUUAACCCCGUACCUGGGUCAGCUUCGUGCUCUCCAAAAUGCCUUGAAGAAGGACAAUGAUCCAAUCCUUGGUGAUCUCGACUCGGCGGAUCUUGUAAAAGCCGGGUUGAUGACCUCUGCUGCUGCUGAGCUUCAUGCAGACAACUACCAAGGGGAGGAGAGUUUGAUUCCGAUUAUCUCCCUCACGAGGAGCAAUAGCGACCGGAAGAUUGGCUUUAUGGCAUCUCCUGAAAGAGUCAACGUGCUACUUUCACGGGCGAAAGACGGCAUAAUUAUGAUUGGCAAUGCACAAACGUUCAUCGAAGCAAAAGCGCCGCACAACCCAUGGCCCAAACUGUUUGACCUCCUUCAAAAGGAUGGUCAUGUUUACGAUGGCUUGCCAGUACGGUGCGAGCGGCACCCAAAGACAACUGCAGUGCUCAGGCAUCCAGAUGACUUUGAUGCAAAGGCACCAGACGGAGGUUGCACCGAACCUUGUGAUGCAUUCUUGCAAUGUGGACAUAACUGUCCAUCUAGCUGUCACCAAAUCUCCGACCAUUCAAAGAUGAACUGCCAACAGAUCAUGCCUGAUCAAUGUCCAAAGGGGCAUCGAAGGGAGUGGGUUUGUCAUGAAGGUCCCCCUAAGAAGUGCAGAAAAUGCGCCGAAGAUCUCAAGGCUGCUGAGAAGCAACAACGACAGGCAUUCAAGGCUCAAGAGCAGAGAGAAAGAGAGCAGAGGGCUCAUGAUCAGAGGAUGGCAGAGAUUAAUGCUCGCAUUGCUGAGCAGGAAAGCAGAAUUCGAGAGAAGCAAUUGGCAGAGGAGAGGGAGAGGGCCAUUCAGUUGCGCCAAAGGGAUCUCGACGAUCUUAUUAACGCAUCCGUCUCUAUAUCUCGCACCCCAGGAUCAAGGCCCGCGUCACCUCGCAGUUCAAGUCCUACCUCGACUUCCACACAUCUUAGCCACUCUGGCUCCUCUGCACCCUCUUCGACGACGCCGUCACCCGCGAAGCAAGUACCCUCGGCUCCAAAGCAGGCCCGGCCGUCAAUAUCAGGCUUGUCAGCUCGAGCACCCUCCGCAAUUGCAGCUCCGGCUCCCGUGAAGAAACCAACGCCGUCUCCAUCUGAGCAAGAGUGGAAACGGCAAAAAGAGAUCGAAGGUGCCAGAAAUCCGGUGAUUGACGAGAUCAUGGACCUCGGGGGGCUUGAGAUGGUCAAAAAGCAACUGCUGGAGAUUAAAGAUCGAGUCGAAGUUGCCAAGAGGCAAGGGUUGUUGCUCAAGCAAGAACGGUUCAGUGCAUCACUUCUUGGGAAUCCUGGAACGGGUAAAACGACUGUCGCCCGGCUCUAUGGACGCUUCCUCACUUCUCUUGGUGUCAUAGAAGGCACUACGUUUGUUGAGACAACUGGUUCAAAAAUGGCGAGUCAAGGGGUUGACCAAGCCAAGAAGCAGAUUGAACAGUUACUCAAUGCGGGUGGUGGUAUCCUGUUCCUGGACGAAGCAUACCAAAUUGUCGAUAGUGGGCGCCAAGUACUGGACUACUUACUAGCAGAGAUUGAAAACCAGCGCGGCAAGAUUGUUUUCCUCUUUGCCGGAUAUUCACGGGAGAUGGAAAAGUUUUUCGAGCACAAUCCCGGAUUGCCAAGUCGUGUCCCAUAUACGCUGCAGUUCGAAGACUACAGUGACGAGGUUCUCAUGGACAUAUUGGAGAAGAUGAUUCGAAAGAAGUUCAAUGGACACAUGAAGGUGGACGACCCUGACGGCGUUCGUGGGCUCCAUGGCCGCAUCGCUGUUCGUAGACUCGGACAAGGUCGCGGACGUCCCGGAUUUGGCAAUGUUCGAGCACUCGAAAUUGCGUUCGGCCAGAUUCACAGCCGUCAGUCUUCGAGGCUUUCCAACCUUCGAAAGCAAGGGGUGCAAGCCGAUCAAUAUCUAUUGACAAAGGAGGAUCUCAUCGGUCCCGACCCGUCCACUGUCAUUGCGGAGAGCAAGGCAUGGAAAAAGCUACAAGGAAUGAUCGGCCUCGAGUCAGUCAAACAAUCGGUACUCAGCUUUAUGAAAAUGGUCAAGACCAAUUACGAGCGGGAGCUGAAGGAGCUCAAGCCCCAAGAGGUCUCCCUCAACCGCGUCCUUCUCGGCAAUCCUGGUACCGGCAAAACGACCGUCGCAAAGCUCUAUGGACAAAUACUCGCUGAUCUCGGCCUAUUGAGUAAUGGCGAAGUUGUCGUCAAGAACCCGUCGGAUUUCGUCGGAUCUGCCCUUGGAGAAUCUGAGAAGCAGACCAAGGCUAUCAUAGCCACGACUGCUGGAAAAGUUCUGGUCAUUGACGAGGCAUACAUGCUCUAUCCGGGCGAAGGGACAAAUGACCCGUACAAGACGGCAGUAAUCGAUACCAUUGUCGCAGAGGUUCAAAGCACUCCAGGAGAGGAUCGUUGCGUCUUGUUGACCGGAUACAGAGACAAAAUGGAGAACAUGUUCCAAAACGUCAAUCCAGGUCUCUCUCGGCGCUUUGCGAUCGAAAAUGCAUUCGAGUUUGCAGAUUACGACGAUGACGAGCUACUCAAGGCGCUGGAGUGGAAGCUAAAGGACCAGGACCUCACUGCGACUCCUGAAGCCAAGAAGGUUGCAAUCGACGUUCUGAGUCGACAAAGAAACCGACCCAACUUUGGGAAUAUCGGUGCCGUUGAGAACCUCCUUUCUAUGGCAAAAACCCGGAUGCAGAGGCGAAUUAUAGAUGCAGAUGCGCCAUUCGAGCCUGGUGAUUUUGACCCAGACUACCUUCGAAGCCAAAAUGCAAGCGAAAACCUGACCAAGCUGUUUGAAGACACAAUCGGCAGUGAACGCACAGUCGCGCAGCUCAGGAGGUAUCAAAACAUGGCGGAGAAUUGUAGAGCUCGGAAUAUCGACCCUCGUGAAAUGAUCCCGACCAAUUUUGUUUUUAAGGGCCCACCAGGCACUGGCAAGACGACGACGGCGCGGAAGAUGGGCCAAGUCUACUUUGACAUGGGAUUUCUCGCAAGCGCCGAGGUUGUCGAAUGCGCGACGUCGGACCUAAUUGGGCAAUACGUUGGCCAGACUGGUCCAAAGACGAGGGCACAGCUUGACAAGGCGCUCGGACGCGUCCUGUUCAUCGACGAGGCGUAUCGAUUUGCGAAUGGGGACCAUUUCGCUGGCGAGGCAGUGGACGAGCUCGUCAGCUGUUUGACCCAGGAGCGAUACAAGGGCAAGCUUAUUGUGAUCCUCGCUGGGUAUGACCACGAGAUGAACGAUUUGCUUAAAAUGAACCCUGGUCUCUCGAGUCGCUUCACGGAAGAGGUCAUCUUCUCCAACAUGAACCCAGCAGACGGCAUACGGUUAAUCGCUCGAGACUUAUCCAAGAGAGCCAUUGUCUCCGAGGCGUUUGAGGACGAAACGAGCGAUAACUAUUGUAUGGCUCACGAACUCUUGGAACGGCUCUCUAAACUCCCCUCAUGGGGAAACGCCCGCGACCUCAAGGUUCUCGCCACACAAAUGAUCACGCACGUCUUUACGACCUCGGUACCAACUUCAUCCAAAGGCCAGUCUGUCAUUUCUGCACAAGACACGCUCGACUGCAUCUUUAAAAUGCUCGACCAAAAGACCAACCGUGAAUCCUCUCAACCAAAACCUGUACACCAACCAUUACCAGACGCUCCGAUGGCUCCCCCACCCUCUGCACCGACUCCUCCCCGUACAAAGACGACGACUGGAACACGAGAAGCACCAGCCGAACCAGAACGUCCCAAGGCUACGGCUGCAAUCGCAGAAGGCCGUGAUCCGGGAGUGAGUGACGCCAUCUGGGCGCAACUCCAAGCCGACAAGAAAGCCGAAGAGUGCGCGCAAAGAGAGGAUGAGGAGUCUCGAAAGGCCCUGGAAGACUCUCUUGGUGAGGCGGAACGACUUGAACGGGAGCAGGCGAUCAAGGUCGAGCGGAUUAUCGAUGCGACAAAGGCUGCAAAGGAUGAUGAUGAGCGAAAGGAGCUCAUGCGUCAACGGGAGCAAGCUCGACUUCGCGAACGUGCCAUGGCGGAACAAAAGGCAAGGAUGGAAGAGGCGUUGAAGCGGCAAAAGGAAGAAGAGCAGAGGAAGCGAAGGGAAGAGGCCAAAGUCCAGCAAAAGAUUCGAGAUUUAGGGAUAUGCCCAGCCGGAUUCCGAUGGAUCAAGCAGGCGAAUGGAUAUCGCUGUGGUGGUGGAGCCCACUUUUUGAGCAACGCCGAGCUUGGAAUCUGA